UUUAUAGUUUAAAUCAAAAAGUUUGAUUUAUCCAAUGGCUACAAAACAGGAAGAGGUGAAACUUUUUGGAGUUGUAGGAAGUGGAUUUGUACAUGGUGUUCAGAUUGCUCUAAAACUGAAAGGUAUUGAAUACCAAUUUGUGGAAGAAGAUUUGGCCAACAAAAGUGAUCUUCUUCUCAAAUACAACCCAGUUUAUAAGAAGGUUCCAGUUUUUGUUCAUAAUGAGAAGCCUAUAUCAGAAUCUAAUGUGAUUCUUGAAUACAUUGACGAAACUUGGAAGCAAAAUCCAAUUUUACCCUCUGAUCCUUACGAAAAAGCCUUGGUUCGAUUUUGGUCCAAGUUCAUCCAGGACAAGAUUGUGGCGUCUUUUUCUAGAGCUGUUCGUGCUUUUAACGACGAGAAAGAGCGUGAGAAGAAUCUUGCAGAAACAUCUGAGGCUCUUAAGAUUCUUGAGAAUGAGUUGAAGGACAAGUUCUUUGGGGGAGAAGAGAUUGGUUUUGUGGAUAUUGCUGCUGUGUUUGUAGCUUUCACGAUCCCUUUGAUUCAAGAGGUAGCAGGAUUUGAAUUGUUCAGUGCUGAAAAGUUUCCAAAGCUUUACAAUUGGGGAAAAGAAUUUCUCAACCAUUCAAUUGUGAAGGAAAUUGUGCCUGCAAGAGAACCAACUUUGGUCUAUUUCAAAGCUAGAUAUGAGCUUCUUGUUUCUGCUUCAAAAUAGAUUCAAAAGUUCAAGUUUGUGAACUGUUAUUAUCUGACAUUGAGAUUUUAUGUUAGGUUUCAUUUCAAUGUCAUGUUUUGUUUGCAGGAUUUCUCCAUGAGAUUGAAAUUAAUAGUGUUUCUGUCAUUUUGUCAUCUUUCUAUCAAUAA